AUGGAGGUACCACGGAAGCAGAACGCUCGCAAGUACGCGCUUGCGCUUUUCAGUGACCUGGACGGGACACUCAUACACUAUGAGGACCAGCUCAGUGAUGGAAUUCGAAUCGAGCCGGACGACGGAGUCUCCGGUCGAGUCAACCUCGUCUACGACACCCUACCGAAGACAAUCGUUCCCUGUAGGGUGCUCCCGACUUUGACCAAAGGUUGCGGAUACCUUAGCGAACGCGUUGUCGAACUCGUGGACACGCUUCGGGUGCACGGCGUCUUCGUGGCGCUGUUGACUGGAGCGCGCUCCAGCACCCUCUACCGCCGACUGCCGCUCUUGCCGGUGGUCGACGCUAUCGCGUGGGAGAACGGCGGACGUCUGAUGUGGCGAGCGGACACAGCGUACGUUGAGGACGUCACAUGGGCGCGACGGCUCGAGCCGUGGACUGGUCCGCACCCCUGGUGUGCAGCUGACGAGUGCGUGGUACCGCGGGAGCAGGAUAGCCCGUACCCGUCCACGGCGGUCGAUGGGAGCAGUGACGAGCACCCUGACCCCGUUGCACCACUGUGGCAAGCGGCGUCCGAGCUGGCGACUGCUGGAUGGAUGCUCGACACCCGCGAAUAUUACACUGCAUUCCGCGUCGACAUCGCGUCGUCGCUGCGGUCUAGGAACGUGCAGUGGGAACGCCCUGCGUCGUCGACAGCAGCGACGAGCGCGGUCAACGGAGUCGUCACCGAGCAGCACAUGCAGGCCGCAACCGCGGAUAUCCGGGCUCGAGUCACCCCGCUGGGCUUGCAGACAGCGUCCAAUUUGGGAAAGCUGGAUGUGUUUCCCGGAUGCUCUGGGAAGCGCAAUGUAGCCGAAUACAUUUUAGCGCGAACUGGUUGUACUAGGGACCAGGCCGUUGCCAUGAUCGACGACGACAACGACAUCGAACUCGCUGAAUGGUGCGGGAGCGCCUACCUGCCGAGUGUUUCCCAUGAGCACGUGCGGGCCGUAAUUCAAGAACACCCCGAAUGGAAACUGAGCACAUUUAGCGGCCCACUCGCCACAGAGGAGGCGCUCACCGCAGUGCUGGAGCGCGUGAAGCAGAGCGACGCAUUCGGGAUCAGCGAGGUGCACCGCUGA